AUGAAUGUUUCUUACCUUCCAGACUUGUGUAUGAAAGAAAUUUCAACCGUUUUAAAAGAUAACCCAUCUGGUUUAUAUAGAUGUUCUUUAAUAAAUCGUCAUUGGAAUCAAUAUUUCUUACCAGAAUUAUGGAAAGAACCUUUCCAAGCAAAAGCACGAAUAAAUACAAAACGAUUGAUUGAAACACUUUUCCUCUGCCUUCCACCUGAAGAAAAAGAAUGCAUUCAAGAUUUUACAAAUAUCCCAAUCAACUCCAAUCCACACUCCAUGUAUUCAAAAUAUAUACAAGUUCUCAACCUGAGAAUGCUAUCUCAAUAUAUUGAAAAAGAUUUUCCUAGAAUGCAUCAUCAGCUAAUUUAUGAAAAAUUAUUUCAUCAUUUCAAUUCUAAUUCAACCAAUAUUUCAAAGAUUAUUUUUUUCAUGGGAAAAAAAGGAAAAACCACAUCAAACAAUUAUUACAAUGCUGAUCAUGCGGGAUAUCCGGAUUUAUUCUUAUGCCCGAAUGCGAAAAACCUUUCCACACUUAAAGAGGUUGAAUUUUAUGGUAUAGCCUUAUCAGGUUUAAUAUUUAAUUGCUACAAGGUCUGUAGGGACCUUCAAACCAUCACGUUUUAUAAUACAGAAGAAUUUCCGGAAAUGUUAUCUAAUUUUAAUGAAGGGUAUAGAGGGUAUAAAUAUUUCAAUUUAAAGAAUUUAAUUAAAUCACAAAGGAAUUUAAAGAAUUUGAAUAUUCAAGGUUUCUUGGUUUCGGAGAAUAAGUAUUUAUAUGAAGCCGUUAACUCUCAGAAUUUACAUAGCUUAUAUAUUAGAGGGGAUAAUGUUUUGAGCGCUUCAAGAAAGGUGAACUUAAUAACGUUGAUUGCAACAUAUUGCCAUAAUUUAAAGGUAUUUAAGAUUUCCAUUAUAGAUGAGCAUGUCAAAUUUAUUCCAUCAUUACUUUCCUCUUGUCGGAGAUUAGAACAUGUCACUUUUAAUACCUAUGACCAAAUAGAAGUUAUUAAUAUCGAUUUAUCGGAAAUCGGGAAAACCAUGCCAUCUUCAAUGAAUAGGUUUGCAUUAAAGAUGAGCUUAUAUUUUACUCCCGAAAACUUUAAAGAAUUUCUAAUUAAUAUUAAGGAUCAAACUAAUUUGAAGGUAUUGAACUUUAAGAGAUGUAGAUUGUUUAGUAAUGAUCAUUUAGAUACGUUAAUCAAGCAUGGAAACGGACGUUUGAGAAAGUUAAAAAUAAAUAAUGCGAGAAAAGUUGAUCAUGAAGGUUUACUUAGAGCAAGAAAAUUUGUAAAAAUAGAAACGCCUAAAAUCUAA